AUGUGGAAAAAUGAACAAAAUAAAACCAGUGCCACUAACUCUGAUGACUUACCUCCAGCUUAUUCACUUCAUCAACAUGCAUGUCUCACACUUAAUUGGACUGAUCGUCUACGACUCAUUCGAUUUCCAACAAACAUUAUCUCUGUUAUUCGACAGGCUAUUCAAACUAGUUGGUAUCCUGGUUUACAAAAAGAGAAAGAAUAUGCAGGUGCAUAUGAAUUCAAGUUAAAUGGAAAUCCAUGGCAUGGUCAAGGAAGUGAAGCAGUAGAAGCUCGAGCUAUGAUGAUGGCAGUUCUUUCAGCUUUGCAUCAUCAAGGUUGGUAUCUUCUAAUGUCAACUGAUGUUUCCAAGAAAAAAAGUGAUAAAGAUUCAUUGAUUUUUCAACUUGGUAUUCCUCCACCAUCAACAUCAUUUUUCGCUGUGUCAUUGAAUGAAUGGGACAAGUUACGUUUGAUUGGUGCUCCAAAUGAACUAAUACGUGCAGCUCAACAAACUAUUGGUAAAGAUGAAAUACAACGAGAAGAAUGGAUUUAUUCAGAAACAGCUUAUCAAUUCAAAUUGAUCGGUUAUCCAUGGGAAGCUGAUGGUGACGAAGCAGUGACUAGUCGAAUAAAACUUCUGGCUUUACUUGAUUGUUUUACAUCGUUCGGUUGGCAAUUACAUGCAAGUAUUGAUAUGAGUAUAGGUCAUGAAGGUCGUGAUACUGACACUUGGUUUUUUCGUCGAAAACCAAAUGAAACGUCUCAACGAGAUGAUAGUGGUGUUGGAAUAAUUAACUUAAAUGUUUCUGUUUCGUUACCAGUUGUACAACAUACAAGUACAAUAAAGAAUGGAAAUCUUGAUCAUAAACGUAAAAAAUGGUUAAAAAUAGAACAACAUUUUGAUGCGAAAGUAAUUUCAACAAAAUUCUACAUAUCAGAAAUAUCAUCGAAUGAUGGAAUUACUUAUUUAAAAUCACAUUUGAUAAAAAAUGAUAUGCCAAUUCCAGUUCAAGAACUCAUCACAAAAAAUUUGCAUAUUUUAGCUCAAGGUACUUCGUCUAUUUCUGAUUCCAGUUUAGAAAUAAAUCGAAAUGAUUUCAACAACAAUCAAUCUGUUGAUAUAAUUACUAAGAUAAAAUCAAAAAUUUUUCAAGAUCAAUUAAUCGUUAUUAUCGUAUAUGCUGUUGUGGAUAAUAAACAAAAAAACUUCGCUACAUCAUUGAUUAAAAAAAUGCUUUCUCAUCAAAAGUCUAAUCAAGAUAUAGAACAUAUGUUAGAUGAAUGGAUUGAUGAAAAUAUUGUUUCGUUCAACUAG